AUGGAACAACUACUAGCAAAACACAAAAAGGAGCAAAGAGAGCUCGUUGCACAGAUCACCGCCUUGAAGAAGCAAGCGCUGAAAAAAACUCGCAAGACUGUUUUGUCCCAAUGCGCAGAUCUCCAGAGCUCUUUGGAUGCUCGUCAAAAGACAGAAGUUGAGCAAUUUGAGCUGAACUCCACAGAUAAUCCUCUACAAACAAAUUCUGAUCAUGCAAAUGCUGAGGUGUGCAGUAUGAAUGGUGGAAGUUUGGCUCAAGAAUCCCAAUUGAGUGGUGCAACUGGCUCCAAUGUCGAAAGUGAAGAUGUAUUGACGAAAAACGGCGAAAGUAACGAAAAUGAUACUGAAGAAAUCACUCCGGAGCAGCUUCUCGCCGCCAUGAACCUCGAAACGCCCGCACAAGUCGUGAACGAUGAGUCCACGCCCACACAGAAGCCAAAAAAGAGGAACAGGGCCAAAGAAAGACUCGCCAAAAGACAAGCACAGGAAGAGGCUAUCCGGGCAGAAGCUCGCUCAGAAGCCGCUGCCACGCCCGACUACAGAGCUAUGGAGGCAGAGACUAUGAAUCGUUUGAUGGAAAGCAGGGACCUAGAAUUAUACGAAAUCCAACCAGAUGGCCACUGUUUGUUCCGCUCCUUGUGUGACCAACUCAGACUCAGACACAAUGACAACGAUGUCACAGUGGAGGGCCUUCGAAGCACAGCCGCAAACUAUAUUCGGGAUCAUAGGGAUGACUUCAUUCCAUAUCUCUUCGACGAGGAGACCAUGGCCAUCCGUGACGUUGACGAGUACACACAAGAGCUCGAAACGACGGCGAUGUGGGGGUCUGAUAUGGAAAUUCUAGCAUUAUCAAAGGUGUAUGACUGUGCAGUGGAGGUAUUGACUGCUGGCGGCGCACCAAUUACCUUCAAUGCUGAGGGCGAGCGCAAUCGUUUGUAUGUGGCAUUUUACAAGCACUCGUAUGGAUUGGGAGAGCACUACAACUCGUGUCGGCCUGUUAAUUGA